CAUCAACAACACUACAUGCCUUGCAGUGUUGGCAACACUGUGCCCAUUUUGUUGUGAAUUAUUGUUAAUUUUUUAAUUUAAUUUGUACAAAUUGUGCAUACGCGUGCAAAGUCAGCGAAACACUUGCGACUUGAGUCCAGAAUGUGCCAGUUUCUAUAAACUGCUAAAAACCAAUAGAAAAAACGAGCGCGCCCAAUCGAAACGUGUUAAAAAAUGACCAUGGGCGAGCGUGAGCCAACUUCGUCUCUCGUUCUGCCCGUUAUACUGAGGCCCAUUUUCACACAGCUCGAGCGACGCGACGUUGGCGCGGCGCAGUCACUGCGCUCGGCCAUACUAAAAUCGGAGCAGAACAAUCCGGGCUUCUGUUAUGACCUCGUUGCGUCGAUCGUGCGACGGGCCGAUCUAAAUGUCAACUUAAAUGAGGCCGUCUUGCGUUUGCAGGGCAACAUCACGGAGGCAGAUCGUGGCGCAGUUAAUGAAUAUCGUUUGACACGCACAGAGGAGCCGUUCCAGGAGCUGAAUCGCAAAUCAGUUGCACUAAAAGUGAUACUCAGUCGCAUACCAGACGAGAUCAACGAUCGCAAGACCUUCCUUGAGACCAUCAAGGAAAUCGCCAGCGCCAUAAAAAAACUGCUCGAUGUGGUCAACGAAAUUGGUUCGUUUAUACCGGGCGUCACUGGCAAGCAGGCUGUCGAGCAGCGUAAGAAGGAGUUCGUCAAAUAUUCAAAGAAGUUCAGCACAACGCUGAAGGAAUACUUCAAAGAAGGACAACCGAAUGCAGUAUUCAUAAGUGCACUUUUUUUAAUAAGGCAAACGAAUCAAAUUAUGCUGACAGUUAAGAGUAAAUGCGAGUAGAAAAUUAAAUGUUUUAAUUAAUGCAAAACUUAGUGGCAUUUUAAUUUUAUGUUUAACUAACUAUUAAACAACACAACAAACUAAUAAAAAACAACAAAACAAAGCAAGGAACACAAUCUGCAAUAGGAAUCCAUAGUCGCAUACUAGAGAGCCGAUAGCAGCGAGAGCUUGUUGUAAUUAAAAA